CUCCAAAUCUCCACAGCUCUCCAAGGUGCUAAGCAAUCGAUUCCUGGUGAAAGCUUAAGGGCGCGCAGAGGCAGCGGGAGGACUGGGAGGGAGGCAGGAAUCGCAAAAGGUCUGCACACGAAUUGACAACUACACCGUCAUGGAGGGAGAUACCGACUCGGGCUCCGCAAGUCCUGAUGAAUGGGGUUCGGCCGUGGCGACGGGAGACGCCACCAAGCUAGCCGAGCUGGUGCUGGUUUGGUCCGGUUCAAGGCCCGCGUCGGCUCUGUCUAUUCUCAGGGAAUGUGUCUCAUUGUUGGAGAAGGAGGCUGCGUUUUCAGUUCCAGAUUCUUCUUCCCUUCCUUCGCCCUCUUGUGCCCUUGGACCCACGCGCAACUCGUUCUUGAAGGCCCUCAUGGUUGCCUUGAACGAGGCGUCCGACGGGAAGAGUUGGUACACAUCAACCACAGAGCUGCAGCUGGCAUCCUUGGAGCUCUGCAUGGCGUCAAGACACCAUCAGACGUUGCACUUGACAGUCGACGCACACACGCCACGCAGGCUGCUCGCUGCUGCGGAUGCCCCCUCCCCGGACCCGAAGCGACUGUGUGGGACACGCGUGCCGCGGCUGAGAGCGCGUCGCGUGACGUGGAACAUCCCGACAGCAUCGGGAAUAUUCAUUACGCGAGCUCCGCUUUGGAGUGA